UCCAAAAAAAAGAUAUUCCAACCUUUACCACUUCGUAUACUCACUCAUAUCAUCGUUUCGUUUUGGCGUAACGUUCUUCCCUUUUCCUUCUCCUCUUACGAAUUCCACCUUCACCUUCUUCCCCUGAUUCCAUUUCCUCAAUUAUACAAUAUUCUCCCCAAAAACUCUUCCAUUUUCGUAUAAAAUUCCCAUAGAAUUAACAAAAAAAUAACCUUUUUUUCUUAUUCUUCUCUAUGGGAAGAACUGGUUUAUUUGAUCUUGAAAAGAAUUUCGCUUUCUAUGGAGCUUAUCACACCAAUCCAAUUAACAUAGCAAUUCAUGUGUUAUUUGUUUGGCCAAUUUUCUUCUCAGCCCUUGUUUUUCUCUACUUUGCCCCUCCUUUUUUUAAUCUGCCAAAUUUUGAAUUUUUUUUAUUUGGGAACAAUUUUGUAUUGGUUUGGAAUUUAGGGUUCUUGUUUACUUUAGUGUACUCAGUUUUUUAUGCUAGUUUGGAUCUGAAAGCUGGUUCUUUGGCUGCUUUGCUUUGUGUUGUUUGCUGGGUUGCUAGCAGUUUUGUUGCUAAUCAACUUGGAUGGCAUCUAGCUUGGAAGGUUGUUCUGGUGGUUCAGCUGGUAUGUUGGAUAGGACAGUUCAUUGGUCAUGGAGUAUUUGAGAAACGCGCACCUGCUCUUUUGGAUAACCUCACUCAGGCUUUCGUAAUGGCUCCUUUCUUUGUAUUGCUCGAGAUUCUUCAGAGUGUGUUUGGUUAUGAACCAUAUCCAGGAUUUCAUUCAAUUGUGCAAGCAAAAGUUGAAGCUAACAUUGAGGAAUGGCAAGGAAGUAAGCAGAGACUAAUUUCAUAGGUUCUGCUUGGAUUUGUAUAUCUUUAAUGGUUUGAUGUUAAAUGAUCUUGUAUAUAUAUGCUUAUAAUUCCUCAUUUUUGUGAAGAAAAACAGCAAUACCAUGCAAGUACAAAGCACCAUUAAUUGCGACUUAUUCAAAUAAUCGAUUUGGUUA